AUGCCAAUCCUCCGUCCCACAGGCAAGGAACCCCGGCUGCCUGCCCCUCUCGGGGGCCCCCACAAGAUGUUCGACGGCUCCUUCGUCAUCGAGUUCCUGCAGGUACCCGCCGACUUGGACGCCACCGUCUUGAUGCGGGCGACCUAUUUCGGCGGACAUGCUUUGACGAAGCUGGGGAAGCAGCAUCCUCAGGCACCUCCACUACACAUCCACUUCUACCAAGCCGAGUCGUUCAUCGUGGAAUCCGGUGCAGCAGGCACUACAACCACAUACGAUGUAAUCGACACCAUCCACACGACCGGGGGAGCAUACCCUCAGACUGCCUCUCGCAGCGGCGGUGCACCACCACUUCCUGCUCGAUCAGCAGACGGAGUAACAGUGAUCCCUCCAUACCUCCCGCAUAACUUCUGGCCAGUAUCACCCGACGAUCCCUUCUGGUCCACCGCCGAAGGCCAGACAUACGCGAGCACCCUUCCUGCAGGUCGACACACCGACACUACCCUCCUGAUUUGGGGCCAUCCGAAGACGCACACCGGCCCGCCCACGGGCACCUUCGCCAGCGACUUUCCCCCGGACAUGGACGCCGCCUUCUUCCUGGGGAUGCUGUCCCUCGUCGACGCGGUGCACGGCCAGCGGCUCGCGAUGAGCCCCGGGCUGGGGGCCACCCUCAUGGCGACGCAGACCGCCAGUGGGGCCGCGAUGAUCGUCGCGCCCAAGGCGUGGUGGCUGGGGCCGCUGCGCUGGGCGAUUCCCUGGUACAUGCAGGUGGUCCUGGAGUGGACGCGGAAGGUGUUUGACCGGCGGAGUGUGGUGCAGCUGGUGGAGGAUGCUAUUGCGAGGGAAGUAGUUAGGAAGCAGUAA